CUUAGGUGCGUCAGCAACAAGGCUCAUAACAGCAGAUGGGGUUGUAGCGGUCGAGCUCGGCCGCUGAACAUUAUCAUCACCGAUGAAACCAACCAUGUUAUCUUUCCACUUCCGGAAAUCAUCAAAAAUAAUGCUGGAUCAGGACUGUGGUACUCUAUACCUUUCGUUAACGAAGUGUAAGUCUGACAUGAUUCUAAUGGACGGCUUAACCGAUCCCUUUGCUGUUCAAUAUAUUUUGUUAAAGGUUGAGAAAUAUAACUUCAUAUCCCCUGGGUUCCCUUGUGAAUCUAAGGACGUAGUCACCUUACUAGUUCAGCCAAAGGUCAGCCUUCAGAGCCUUUUACAGUAACAGUUCGAUGCCGUGAGUCAACAGCUAAUCACCCACCGUCAUAUCUUGUUAGUGCGAGCGGCAAAGCAAGUCAAGCCAGUGAGUGAGGAACAGGUAGUAAAAAGACAGUUUACAGCCUCCUCAAGCACGGUCCUAUGUUAGCCAGCCUGGCAAUAAAAACGGACCGAUGCAAUGAAAAAAAAUAAUGUGCCAUGCCUGAGUCACGGGCUUCAGUGUGUUUCUUAGGUUGUGUUCGAUUAAGAUUAACCGUUUCAUACAAAACCGCUCGCUUUUGGUUCAGGGCUUUGGUUGGGUUAGGUUAGUUGGGUAUAGUCAAUUCCCGAGGAAGUCUGGAAAUGCCUACAUCCAGUAGUCAUACAAAAAGUUAUGAGACAGUUCUGGCCAUUCCCAAAACUUUACUACGCUGGGCGUUUUUAGAGAGGUUGAAAGGCGCAGUGUAUUUAUCUGAGCUCUUUCUCCUCAGAUAUUCUGACGAGCUGGUCUUCGCGAACUUUGGUCAGCCGUUGUACCUGCCAAAAGACGAAAAAUUGCGGUUUUGGUACGGAGACGACUUGAAAAACCACUCCGAGGGUGACAACCAGGGUCAAGUCUGCUUCCAUGUGUUCGCUCUCUUCAUGUGA